AUGAACUUUUCAUCGGACAACAGGUUUGUUUUUUCUUGUCCAUACUAUCCCACUUUUUUGUGGGACCUAACUGACAAAGUUUUCCCCUGGAUAUUGGUCGCAAUCGUAUUUAUCGCAUCGCCCGCUGCAGUCAUUUUAAACAUUUUGGUUAUUGCAGCAGUGAGAUCAAGAAAGGAACUGCAAAAACAUCCAAACAUUUUGUUGUCGAGCAUGGCUGUUGCGGAUAUUUUGGUAGGUGCGAUAAAUAUGCCUUUAUCCGCCACUGUUGACUUUGUUAUUUCCCGGCAAGUUUUUGAUGAUCGUAUUUGCUUAGUAGACUUGCUUAAUGUCUACUUGAUGUACGCUUUAGCGGCGUGUAACCUAUACCAUUUGAUCCUUAUCGCUUGGGAGAGGAACCAGGCAAUACGGAAUUGUUAUGAACACAAAGUGAAAAUGACGAGAAGCCGCCUGAAGAAACUCGCCAUAACAGCUUGGUUCUUAGCCGCUUUAACACCAAUUCCAAGCAUUGCACUAAAAUCCCCGGGCAUUUACUACGAUAUAAUUUGUGAUAUCGUUGGAUUUUUCAUGUUGAUUCUAAUCGCUUAUUUUUACAUCAUGGUGUAUCGUGAAACGCGCAAACGUAAACGGAUUACCAAAGUCACCGUUCUGGUGAAAACAAAACUUGAAAACAGAGUGGCUAUGACAUGCGCAUUGACUUCAGCAGCUGUGAUUCUUUCCUUUGUUCCCACGGUAACUGUUGGCUUGUUGGGAGAUUUGUACCCAGGUUUUCGCAAGAGUUCCGUCUUCCGGUCAGCAGAGACACUAGUGCAAAUGAACUCUAUAGUGAAUCCACUAAUUUACUGCUACAGGAACCGUCGCUUUAGAAACAUCGUUCUCGAGAUUUUAUGCAUUAGAAAACCUUAUGAGAAUAAGCCAACAGUCCUUCCCAUGCAAUAUGUCACAUCAAAGGAUCUUUCUUCAAUGGGAGGUACUCAAAAACAACCAAAUGCGUACAGCCGUCGCCUUAUGUCAAGAUCAGCGUCAUGCGAAUUAGCCAACGAGACAGUAUUAAGUGGUGCAACGAAGAAAAGAUCUGUAUCAGCUCCUUCACUGAUCAUAUCACACAGCAACUCUUUUAAGAGCCCCGAGCCGCGGAACAACCCCUCGUCCAUUUUAAAAGUUGUCGCCACAGUCCACCCACAA